AACAUUAACAUUUUCCAUUUCUAAUAGCCUCCAAAUUUGAUUAAAUCGAGUAGUUAGUGCAUUUUCCAUUUUCCAUUUCUAAUGGACGCACACUAGUUAUACAUGUUUCUCUCGAAGACUUUGACUUAUAUGAAAUGACUUUGACUUAUAAGUACUCAUUCACAUGAAGCAAAGAAGCAAAGCAGAACUUGCUAUUCAAAGAGAUUUUUUCAGAUUGAUCACUAGCCUAUAAUUGAGAAAUUUUCAUCCAUGUCUUCCUGCUUCAAUAUACGCCGCAGAUCUAAUCUAAACAGGAAGAAGAGGUACGAUGUGUACUUUAGUUUCUGCGACGAAGAUGCACGUUCUUUUGUUUUGGGUAUCUAUAAGGGUCUUACUUCUUCAGAACGUGAAAUUGUUGUUUUCUGGGACGAUAAUAAGAGGAGGAUUAGAAGAGGAGGAGAACGAGAAAUACCAAGCUCAGUUCUGAAUGUAAUUCAAGAUUGCAAACUUGUUGUAAUUGUAUUUUCAACAAAUUAUUUUAAUUCAAGAUGGUGUCUUCAAGAAUUGGAAAAAAUAACUGAAUGUUGCCGAACCACAGAUAGUAGUCUUAUGCUUCUUACUUUAUUCUAUGAUCGUGUCGUCGGUAUCCGUAUCUCGUUCGGAAUUUCGGAGAAAAGUAUAGCUAUGUUUGAACAAGAGACCUUUCAUGAAUUUCUUGAUAGAAUCUCUAAACAAGAAAUCUUCCAACAUGGGGAUAAGUUCAUGUCUUGGGUGGCAACCAUCAGUCAUAAUAAAGCUAUGACAUAUGCAGGAUCAACAUAUUUGGGACACGUCUUCACAUACAAGAGCAAAAGUGAACAUAUUGAGAAUGUAGUUGAACUAGCUACUCAUGUGAUAACAGGGAAGAGAGGCAUGUUCAAUGGUUUGUAUACAGAGAGCUUAAAUUCUCGUGUGCAAGAUGUGAUUCAACUAUUGAAACAGUCAAAAUCUCCUCUCAUACUAGGGAUAUGGGGGAUGUCAGGGAUUGGUAAAACAACCAUUGCCAAAGCCAUUUAUGGUCAGGUUGGUUCCUAUUUUGCGCACAAGUGCUUGAUCGAAAAUGUCAAGAGAUCAGUUCAGAAUAAAAGUGAAACUCUAGUUUCUUUACAAGAGAAAAUUCUUUUUGAUAUGGCCAGAGCUCCUGAAAUAAAUAUAUCUACAAUUGAGUCAGGAAAAGUGAUUUUAAAAGAAAGACUUCGAGGUAAAAGGGUACUUCUUGUUCUUGACGAUGUUGAUAAUUUGGAGCAACUAAAUGCUUUGUGUGGAAGUCAUGAAUGGUUUGGUGAAGGUAGCAAAAUAAUCAUCACGACAAGGGAUAGGAAACUACUAAAGGAGCAUGGAGCUGACCAUAUAUACAGAGUGAAAGAACUGGACGAAAAUGAAUCGCUUGAGCUUUUUAAUUGGAACGCGUUCAGCCAAGCAACUUCUCAUGAAGGUUUUGCUGACCUUUCCAGACAGGUAGUUGCUUAUUCUGGGGGAUUGCCUCUUGCUCUUACAGACCUUGGGAAACAUUUCAAUUCGAAAAAAGUAGCUACCUGGGAGUCGAAGUUGCGUUACUUCACAAGUUAUCACUAUAAUGGUGUACAAGGAACUCUAGAAAGUAGUUUAAAUGAUUUGAAUGAUGAAGAGAAACAAAUAUUCUUUGAUCUCGCGUAUUUCUAUAUCGGGAUAGACCAACAUGAUGUCCAAUCUUUAAAUAGUUCAACACAAUGUACAAAUCUUCUAAUAAGUCUCCUUGAAGACAAAAGCUUUGUAACCAUUGAUGAGAAUAACAAGAUUCAAAUGCAUGUUUUGCACAAAGCCACAGCAGAAGCUAUCAUUACGAGGGAAUCAAGUAAUAACACUGAUCAGCCGAAGAUGUACGAUGUUUUCUUGAGUUUCAGAGGGGAAGAUAGUCGUGCAAAGUUCAUGUCACAUCUGCAUUCCUCUUUUCAAAAUGCGGGGAUUGAUUCUUUCAGAGAUGAUGACAAGAUUCAACGAGGAGAUCAAAUCUCAAUCUCAUUGUUGCAAGCAAUUGGACGGUCUAGACUUGCUAUCGUUGUUUUCUCAAAAAAUUAUGCUAAUUCAAGAUGGUGUUUGCUAGAGUUGGAGAAGAUAAUGGAAAUUGGCAGAGAUAGGGGUUUGGUCGUUGUGCCGGUGUUCUAUGAGGUGGAUCCCUCCGAUGUACGUCAUCAGAAAGGCCAUUUUGGGAAAGUUUUUGAUGAUCUUAUAUCAAAAAACUCAGUGGAUGAAUCCACAAAGAGUCGUUGGCAAAGAGAUCUCUAUGAAAUUUGUGGCAUUGCAGGGUUUGUCCUCAUAGAUUCCAGGAAUGAAAGUGCUGAUAUCAAGAAUAUUGUGGAACAUGUCACUCGUUUGCUAGAUAGGACACAAUUAUUUGUUGCUGAACAUCCGGUGGGUGUAGAAUCUCGCGUGGAAGCUGUGACUAAGCUACUAAACAUCGAAAAAUCAGAAGAUGUUUUACUUCUAGGGAUAUGGGGAAUGGGGGGUACGGGUAAAUCAACCAUUUCCAAAGCCAUUUACAACAAAAUUGGGAAAGAAUUUGAGGGAAGGAGCUUUCUUUUGGGUAUAAGGGAAAUUUGGAAGACACAUACUAAUCAAGUUUCACUACAGCAACAGGUACUUUGUGAUGUUUACAAGACAACAGCAUUGAAGAUACGUGACAUCGAAUCAGGGAAACAUAUAUUGAAGGAAAAACUUUCUAAGAAUAGGGUGCUUUUUGUGCUUGAUGAUGUGGAUGAAUUGGACCAACUAAAGGCUUUGUGUGGAAGCCGUGAAUGGUUUGGUCCGGGAAGUAGAGUAAUAAUCACAACGAGAGAUAUGGAUCUUCUUAGAUCAUGUGGAGUUGAUCAAGUGUAUACAAUAGAAGAAAUGGACGAAAGUGAAUCUCUAGAGCUUUUCAGCUGGCAUGCAUUCAAGCAACCAAGUCCGACAGAGGAUUACGCUACACAUUCAGCAGAUGUUAUUGCUUAUUCUGGGAGAUUGCCACUAGCACUUGAAGUCAUUGGGUCCUAUUUGUCUAAUUGUGAAAUAACAGAGUGGCAGAAAGUUUUGGAGAAACUCAAAUGUAUUCCCCAUGAUCAAGUACAGAAGAAGCUAAAAGUAAGCUUUGAUGGUUUAAAAGAUUUUACAGAGAAACAAAUAUUCCUUGAUAUUGCUUGUUUCUUUAUUGGAAUGGACAAAAAGGAUGUAAUGGAAAUAUUAAAUGGGUGUGGGUUUUUUGCUGAUAUUGGAAUCAAAGUCCUUGUUGAGCGAGCCCUUUUAACUAUUGACAAUAGGAACAAGCUUAGAAUGCAUGAUUUGUUAAGAGACAUGGGAAGACAAAUAAUUUUUGAGGAAUCACCAUCAGAUCCUGAAAAGCGCAGUAGGGUUUGGCGCUGUGAUGAAGUGCUUGAUAUAUUAUCAAAGGAUAAGGGAACAGAAGCUGUCAAGGGACUGGCUUUGGAGUUUCCAAGAAAAGAUUGUCUGGAAACCAAGGCAUUCAAGAAGAUGAAUAAACUCAGAUUGCUUCGCCUCGCUGGGGUGAAGCUUGAGGGAGAUUUUAAAUACCUUUCAGGAGAUCUUAGGUGGCUUUACUGGCAUGGAUUUCCAUUAACUUACAUUCCUGCAGAAUUUCAGCAAGGAAGUCUAGUUGCAAUUGAAUUAAAAUAUAGUAUGCUCAAACAAAUUUGGAACAAGAGCCAGAAGCUAGAGAAUCUAAAAAUUCUUAAUCUUAGUCAUUCUUUAGAUUUGACUGAAACCCCGGACUUUUCAUUCUUGCCUAAUCUUGAAAAGCUAGUACUCAAAGACUGUCCAAGUUUGUCUACAGUCUCCCAUAGCAUUGGAUCUCUGCAUAAACUUCUUCUGAUAAAUUUGACAGACUGCACAGGUCUUCGGAAACUUCCGAGAAGCAUCUAUAAAUUAAAGUCUCUAGAAACUUUGAUUCUUUCAGGAUGCUCCAAGAUUGACAAAUUGGAGGAGGAUUUGGAACAGAUGGAAUCAUUGAUUACCUUGAUUGCGGAUAAGACUGCCAUAACAAAAGUGCCAUUUUCAAUAGUAAGAUUGAAAAACAUUGGAUAUAUUUCUUUAAGUGGCUUUGAAGGAUUUUCUCGUGAUGUAUUCCCUUCUCUCAUUCGGUCUUGGAUGUCGCCAUCAAAUAAUGUGAUAUCCCUAGUUCAAUCAUCUGUGUCCAUGUCAUCAUUUGGUACUUCAAAAGACCUUCAAAAACUUCGAAUUCUUUGUGCGGAUUGUGAUUCAGAUUUACAACUAACUCAAGAUGUAGCAAGAUUUUUGGAUGUAUUAAAAGCCACAAAUUGUCAGAACUUUGAAGCAAGUGCAAGUUCAACUACAUCAGGGAUCUCUGAUGUGCAUGCUUCUCCCUUAAUUGGUGAUUGCCUUGGUCAUGUUCGCACUUUAGGGUCAAAGAAUCACUUGAAAUCUCUCUUAAUUCAAAUGGGAACAAAAUUUCAAAUCUCUAAUGUUGCUGAAGACCGUGUUUUAGAGACUGCAGAUGGGACUUGGGAUUCAUUUUUGCUCGGCUGUGACAAUAAAUCUGAUUGGUUAACUUUCAGUUGCAAAGGUUGUUCUAUAAUAUUUGACGUCCCAACAAUGAAGGAGAGUACCCUGAACAGCAUGAUGUUGUCUGUUGCCUAUUACUCUUGCUCGGAUAACAUAACAUCAGAAGGUUGCCAAGGUGUUUUAAUCAUAAAUUACACAAAGACAACCAUUCAUGCAUAUAAAAGAGAUACACUAACCUCCUUUGAGGAUGAGGAUUGGCAGAGCAUAACUUCAAAUCUAGAACCUGGUAACAAAGUGGAAGUUGUGGUUGUUUUUGGGGAGGGUUUCAUUGUUGAUAAGACUACAGUAUCUCUCUUAUAUGAUGAAUCACUCGACAAAGAAAUGGAACACUGUCAUGUAGUAGACAAGGAGGAUGUUAUUGUUUCUUGUAAUGGCGGUAAUAAUGUUAGUGUUUCUGGUGGUGAUAAUGAAGCCAUCAAUCGCUUUGGAGACGAAACGGUGAACCACAUGCAGACCACCAGGCAUGCUGAUGGAUUAUAUGCUGAUGUCGUGGAACCAGUACAACUAGUAACACAUGACUCUGACCAGCUUGCAGAGGCCGCAGUUGAAGAGAUUCCUGCAGAGGCAGCAGUUGAGGAGAUUCCUGCAGCUGAAACAUAUGGUGAUCAGGAGCAACAGGUUCCUCUACCCGAGUGUCAGCCUGAGCAGCAGGCAACAUCUGAGCCUGAGGCCAUUGGGAUGGCCUUAGGAGCUCAUAUGUUGGAUGCCCUUAGAGAGCUGACGGCUAAUUUCUUCCAACUAGAGCAGACUGUUGCUGCUAGGUUGAAUGCAGUAGAAGUCAGAUUAGAGGUGCUUGAGGAUGUCAUGGCCCAGAUACCACGUUGGUCGAAUUCUGAAUCCAAACACGUUGAGAGCUAGAUUUAAGAUUCUAUACCUAGGUUUCUUUUGAUGUUUGUACUGUUGUUCUGUAAUGACUAUUGUACACCACAAGUCCUUUUAGUUGUACUUGAAUCUUUUGAUCUUAUGAUAUCAGUUGGUUCUAUUCA